AUGCAAACUUUUGAAUAUAGCGAUGAAGAAGGAUAUCAGGAUUCUGUUAAAUAAAAAUUAGAUAAAUUGCAUGAUCUUCCUCUAAAAUUUAAACAUAAAUCUCUUUGUUUGAAGAGUAUAAGUGGAGCCAGUACUCGCAAAUCCUAAACUUGUUUUAAAUUUCAUAAAAGUAGAUAAGAUCAGAGUUCUGAAUCCUCUUUAAAUGAUUUUUCUGAAAUAUAACUUUCAGAAUUUGAUAUUUCAGAUGAGAACAAAAAUGCUAACAUUUUAUGCCAAUAUAAGAAUAGCUUUUUUAAUGAGAAAAUUAAGAUGUUUAAUGAAAUAAAAUCAAAAAAGUUUUGGCUUGGCAAUUAAAUUAGCAGAAUUACAAUAAAUAAGGAUGAUUAAUCGGUUAAUUUAAAUAAAUCUCCAUCUUUAAAUAGAUAAACAUCACCUAUUUCUGAGAGCAAUUAUAACACGCUGACCAUUAUAAAAAAGGCUAAAGAAGUUACAGAUCACUCUAUUGAUUAAUCAUUAAAAUAAGUCAAUUCUCCAAUAAUGUUCUAUCUUACAAAUAUUAAUUAGACCAGCAUCAAUAAUAAUAAUAAUAAUCGAUCAUGCCAAUAAUCUUAGAAUAAUAGUCAGUAUACUAUCGAUGUUCCAGGUAAUGAAUCAUUUGCUCAACAAUCCUCCAUUAAAUUAAAUGAAAAAGACCUUUUAAAUCAAAUUGUUGAAGCUGUGUUUAAUAGAAACAUAUAGUUAUUAACCAAAAUUGUAUUACUAUUGUAAAAGGAAUAUAGAACCGACAUAUUAAAUUUAAAAGAUAUACGUGGAAAUACACCUCUGCUUUUAGCUAUCAAAUUGUAAUAACAAUAGAAUCAGUUCUCUACUAUUCGAUUACUGCUAUCAAAUGGCGCUGACCCUUCUAUCAAAGAUAUUAAUGGAUGGAGUCCCAUUGAAGAAACUGUUGCUUAAAAAGACUUAUUGACUACAUCAUUAUUGUUUGAUUACUUAGUUUCUAAGAAAUUAUUUGAGAUGUAAUAGGAACGAAAUUAAAUUGAUUAGGAACUAUUAAAAAUCAAUGAUUUCUAUUUAGAAAUGAAAUGGGAAUUCAAAUCUAGCCUUAUUCCUUUCAUCUCCAAAUUUACUCCCAAUGACACUUUCAAAAUAUAUAAGAGAGGUAAUAUAUCCUUAUAUUUAGGUUCCUCUUUGAGAUUGGACUCAACUUUUGCAGGGAAAAAGAAUUAUAAAAAUAAAAGAAGGGAUCUCACAGUAUUAUAUAAUCCAUUAAUGGGUUCAGUACAAAGAAAGGAAAACAGUUCAAAUUGUAAAUUUGUUACAAUUUUAAAUAGAUCCAAAAAGAUCUACUAUUAUCCUAUUGUAUGAUUUUAACAUUAAAUUAGCAAGAGAUAGAUCCUGAAGAAAAGAAUCAAAUUCUGAUGGACUUAUUAAAUUGCGAAAGUGUCAGUGGGGAUUUGAAAAUAAUUAAUUGUGAAUUAAUCAAAAGCAAGAAUUUUUUUGGAAAUUUUGUAAACUAGAAAAUUAAUAAUUGGAUCUGUUAAAAAUAUGAAUUUCGCAUUGUUACAUCAUAGCAUUUCAAUAAAAAACAUUAAUCAAAUUAUAUUACGAGUUAAGAUUAAUAUUUUAAUUAAUCUAUAGAUUAAAAUCCUACAAGUGCAAGAUUUAAUUUAGAGUAAAUAACAAGUCAAAUUGUAGGUGAUUAAUUAUUCGUUAAUUCUCCAUCUUUUAAAUAAGAAAGUUAAUAAGUCAAAUAAAACAUCGAAAAUAGUACUAAAAAUGAAGAUGAUAAAAGUAUUUUUGUAAUUAAUAAAUAGAACAAUAGGAAUCAUGUUUACUUUAUAUUAAUAAAGAAUUUCCAAUAAAUUUUUAGUAGUUUCUUCCAAUUAUAAAAAUGUUAGCAAAUGGGAAUGAGUUUAUUUCAUCUUUACAAACAGUUCUAUAAAAUGAGAGUGUUAAAUAACUACUUAACGAUAAAGGAUUCCCAGUCAGAAUAGAAAUUCCAAUAAAUUUUACAAUUGAUGCUGUUGUGACAUUUUAAGCAUACAAGUAAAUAGAUAUUGAGGAUCCUGAAAUAAAGAAAUUAUUCUAGAUUCCAGAGGAUUACAUACUGGUUUCUAGAAGAGAUGCUACCAAAGUUAUGAAGAGAGGGAAAAAAAGAUUAUUUUUAGCCAAUUUAUUUUUAUGA